AUGGCGGCUCUGGAUUCGCUGAAGAUUCCGGAGGAGAAGAAGAAGUACAUAACAGAGCAGCUCAACCCCUUGCUCACCGAACUCGUUACCGACUGCCUGAAGCAAUGUCCCGCCGAGCCAGCUGCUUUCAUGCUGGAAUGGCUCAGAAAGAAGAAGGGAAUCCAGCUUGGUAGUAGGGUUUUCUAAUUGAUGUAGUGAAUGUCUUGAGUACAGGAACAACAAAAUGAAAAUAAUGAAUUUCAGCUGCAGCGAUCCAGCGUGUGAGAGAUCAACAGGAUACUUCUUGACAACAAUAAAAAACUACAGACUCGGGUGACGUAGAGAAACUCACGGAAGAAAACGAGAAGUUGAAGGACGAAAUCAAGACCUUAUCCAAGACCCUGAACGACUGCUCCGGCGUUUUGGCGACGCUCACAAAAAGUAUAAAAUUUAUUUGUUCACCGAGUUUUCAUCUUUUUCUUCUUUUCUUUUGCGCGAAAUGUCUUGUCUUGCUGCCCUGCGUAAGCCGCAGCGAAAUAUUUGUCAUGCCAUCAAAAAGCUGCUGUGCUAAUAUCCUGGUUCCCAUCUGUACCAGACGACGAUGCCAAGGAGGCCGAGGAGGAAUCGGAGGAGGAGGACGACGACGACGAGGGUCCGGAUGAGCUCCCCGAGUUCGCGCAGAAGGCCGUGAAGAAGGGACCCCGGCAGAGCGUCAGCGCGGAGGCCUACGGGGCCUGGAAUAAAAAGAAGGAGUUCACGCCUAAGGUGAUUGUGAAGUCACAAGAACAGAAAACCCGGUUGAAGGUAUCAACUGCAAAAAUGUCUGGGUCUGGAAACUUGUGAUGCAAGUCCGUGAACAAUAAGUGCUCUGUAGUGCGCUGCCAAGCAUGACAAGGUUUCUCGUGUUUCUGUGCUGCGUAUUUCGCACGAGAAACUGCGCUUUUGCAUGACACGACAGGCAAGAGGACCCCUUGGUGGCCACGCAAUACAUAGCGCAGACUGAUGCUAGACUAGCAUGACAAAAAAUCUCGCACUCUUCCAGACCCAGACAUAUUUGCACUUGAUAGAAGGACGUGCUCAGCAAAUCGUUCCUGUUCGCGGCCUAUGAAAUGCAAAAAUGUCUGGGUCUGGAAGAUUGGAACUUGUUAUGCUGUCUCUGGAUUCUGAAAAAAUUUGUAUUGCAUGACCAGCAAGAGGACUCCAGUUUGUGCGACGCGGAGAGGUCAUUUCUCAAGCUGUAGAGGCAUCACAAAGCGCUCUAAAAAUCUGUGAUGCUAGGGCAUGCAUGACAGACAUCAUGGGUCAUGGAAAAUAUGCAUGACAAAUCCAGAAAUCUUCCAGACCCAGACAUUUUUACAUUUGAUACGGCCCUGGAAGAAAAGGACUUCGGGGUCGUCAUCGACGCCAUGGAAGAGCAAAUAGUAUUUGACUUUGAUGUAGUUUCCGUUUCGUCCGCCUUUUGUGAUCCUGAGGCCUGCAUGCAUCAUGCCUCAUCUUCCAGUUUGCUUUAUUUUUUGCAGCAAUCUAAAAUGUGCUACUCGCCACCGGCGAGUGUGAACAAUUGCUUGAGUUAUGAUACACCUGUUUAGUCACAACUCAGGUACAGAUUUACGGUUUUGUAGUACAGCAUGCAAGUGAAAUAUUGAAAACCGUCAGUUUGAAGCGGGUAAGGAGAUUAUUCGCAUGGGCGACGACGGGGAUUACCUGUUUGUGAUAGAAGAGGGGAAGCUGGAGUGCUACAAGGACAUCGAGGGGGUUUCCACGGUAGUGAAGACGUGCGAGGCUGGGGACGUUAUCCUAUUCAAAAACGUCCCCACCCUAUAGUUGUAAUGCAAAUCUGCAUGCUGAAAAUGUUUCUCAUGCGGAGCCCCAUGAGAAGCAUUUUCUAAUCGUGUUUUGCAAUUUGUCAUGCUCCAAUCAGCAUGGUAUGCUAGAUCUGUGAUGCUGUUGAGCUAGCUCAAACGGCACUACACUACGAAUCCGAAUUUGUCAUGCAAAACAGCCAAAGCUUGUGGAUUUGUCUAGCCGAUUCCCCAUCUUGACUAUGGUGUGGGGACGUUUUUACUCAGGAUAGACGUGUUCGGCGAGUUAGCGCUGUUGUACAACACCACACGGGCGGCCAACGUGCGGUCCACCACCAAGUGCACGCUCUGGCAGCUCGACCGGGAAACCUUCAACGCCAUCGUCAAGGACGCGGCCGCCAGCAAGAGGUCGCGAUACGAAUCUUUCCUCAAGCAGGUCACACUGCUGAAGAACAUGACCAGCUACGAGCUCAGUCAGGUAAGUGCGUAACAAUAACCGCAUCUUUUUCACUGGAAAAUAACCCAGUAGAAUCACGUCUCCCGCCAAUAUCAAUAUGUUUUACUGCGAUAGCGAAGGGCGAAGGUGGAACGCGAGGCACUUCUUUUUGUGGCGGAUCAGGUUCUGUUCUAGGAUUCAUGCGCCAUCUUUUAUACGCUAGAAGCACAAGCAACAUGACUGAAGAAGCCGUUGAGAACAACUACCAAAUCAGAUUGCGGACGCCCUGAAGGCUGAGGUAUACGAAAAUGGCGAGCACAUCGUGACUGAGGGUGAAGCGGGCGACAAAUUUUACAUCGUGGAAUCCGGAAACCCAGUCGCGGUCAAGGGCGGGGAAGUCGUCAUGCAGUACUACUUUUUGCGAUAAUGAUAGAUCGCAGAGAGAAGAAUUUAUUGCUGGCGUAUUUGCUUUUCGUGAAGCUGUCUGACUGGACUGGCUUGCGGGCUCGUUUUCUACAAGUGUCCAGUGUAGUUGCAUGAGGAGCGGCGCAUGUGGAUGAAAAAAAUAUUCACAGUUUCUUGUCUGGGAAAGCCAAACAAACUGUAUUCUUUACAACCAGGUAUCAGCAAGCGGACUACUUCGGAGAGUUGGCAUUGUUGAUGGAGCAACCACGAUUGGCCACCGUGAAGGCAGGCGAGGAGCGCUGCAAAGUUUUGUCCCUGGACCGAAAAUCCUUCAAGCGGUUACUCGGUCCCUUGGACGAGAUCAUGCGCCGGGCGGUCAGCGAGAAGUACUCACCGUCGAAGUAAGUGUGAUGUUUGUUUCUCCGUCAUAUGCCAUUGCUUCUUUAAGAACACGAAGAUUAUCUACGGUUUACGAUUUAUUGAUCAAUUUGGCUACUACAGUCAGUCAGCUUGUUUUGCGAAAUUCGCCAAAGUUUUAAGAUGUGACAAAAUGCGCAUGCGGAUGAGAAUUCGCAAUCGCAAAAUAUCCUCAAUAAAGCACAAUUCUUUUUUAUGGGCAGUAGAAUAGAUUUAGGAGUUUUGGUUUGUAGUUUCACGGUUUCGUAUGACAGGAACGAAAGAUGGCCGCAUGAGUUUUAUUAGUGUAAGACAUAGUCCGAUUCAAGUGCAACAUAAGUAUACCAGUGAAAUGAUUUGUUGUAAAAGAAGGCUUCCUUUUUCGGCUUGAAAAUCUAAUUCGAAUGAUCGACUCAGCGAAGAGGAAAUCUUCGCUUGUGUGAAAGUUCAGAAUCAAAAUUAUCGUCAGGGUCAAACAUAACAGGUUUUGUGCAAACAUGCUAGGAGUGGGAAGAAAUUGUACAGUUGAAAUGACCACCAAAGGCACCUCGCCGGGCAGAUUUUAGGCAGGAAUAUCUGUUUCCGGCGAUUUUUUUUGUUGGAAAUGCACUCAUAUUUGUG